AUGGAAAUUUUUAUGAGGUCUGUUGACAAAGGUAUAUGGGAAGCGGUGGAAAAUGGUUCUUCUAUUCCAACUCGAACGGUUAAUGAAUUUCAGUUUGUAAGACAGAUCAAGAAAUGUGGGAAGUACUCAGAGUUACCCAUGAAGCCUGGAGAAACCAUAGCAGAUGUGCAAAACCGCUUCACUCAUAUUAUCAACCAUCUCAUUGUAUUGGGUAAGACUUUUGACACUAAUGAACUCAAUGUGAAAAUCUUAAAAUCUUUGGACAGGUCAUGGCAACCCAAGGUGACAACAAUCUCUGAGUCACAAAAUGUAUCUUCAAUGUCAAUGGAGAUAUUGUUUGGAAAGCUCUGUGAGCAUGAGCUUGAGCUCAAUAGACUAGCUGCAGAAGAAGACCAAGGAAAGAAGAAAACCUUGACAUUCAAAACUAAAGUAUUUAAAGGAAAGAGCUCAAGAGUAGAAGAUGAUUAUGAUGAUGAUGAGCGUAUGAGCCUUAUGAUCAAGAGAUUUGGCAAGUUCAUGAAAGUUAUAGGUAAAGACAAGUUUAGAAGUGAAAAGAAGGAUAAUCAAGGGUCCUCCUCAAGAGAACGAAUGGCUCCUAGAUUACCUCCUCCUCCUCAACCUACUGAACCCGAUACUACCAACAAUGCUAGGAUGUUGGAAACUGUAAUUGACAGACUUCAACAACAAAAUACAACAUUAAUUGAGCAGAACACCGCCUUGAUGAGGCAAAAUCAGGAUGCAAUGCAGAGUUUGGAGGCCUCGCGUGUUAAUUCAGAAGCAACACAGAGGCAAUUGAUGGAUAUUCUUGCCGCAACUAGAGGUGCGCCUGGAGCAUCUUCUUCAAACGCUGCUCAACCGAAUGCUGAAUGGAGUUUGAAGAGUUUUCUUCAGCAUCACCCUGCCAAAUUUAGUGGGAAGUGUCUCCCGGAUGAAGCUGACCAGUGGCUGAGGGAUAUGGAGAGAAUUUUCAACGCCAAGAGAUGUCCGGAUGAGAACCGCUUGGCAUAUACAGAGUACUUGCUGACUGGAGAAGCGAGCCACUGGUGGGCGAGCGCCAGAGCCAUUCUAACGGACGCUCAACAGCCGAUUACUUGGGCAGUGUUCAGAAACAAAUUCUAUGAAGAGUACUUCCCUGACAGCGUUCGUUUUGCAAAGGAGGUUGAGUUCUUACAGCUGGUUCAAGGGGGUAUGUCGGUUUCAGAAUACACCAAUAAAUUCAAACACCUUGUCAGAUUCAAUACUAUGGCCACCAGUGAAGAGUGGCAAUGUUGGAAGUUUGAGAACGGCCUAAGGAGUGAUUUGAAAGUUAUGAUUUCAAGCUUGUGCAUAAGAACGUUUCCUGCCAUGGUUGAGAGGGCUAAGGUGUUGGAGAAGAACAUGACGGAAGCUGAACGACACAAGAAACAACAACAAGUGAGUAGGGGACCGAUAGUGUCCAGGGGAGGUAUGGUUCAGAGGAGGACUCCUUACGCUCGUCCUAGUCAAUCAUCUCAUGCAAGCGGAUCACAAGCGAUCGUUCCUGUCGGACAGUCUGGACAAGGGAACGUUACUUGUUACCAGUGUGGAGGGCCACAUUAUAGGAAUUCAUGCCCUCAACUAGCUGGAGGAAAGCACUGCAAUCUUUGUGGAAGGAACGGACACUCAGAUAACGAGUGCAAUUUGAGCGGACGUGCAGUGACGAGACCACCUGUUGCUGGAAGGAAUCAACCGAGAGGUGGUAGAGCACAAGCAGUGGGUCGCGUGUAUGCAAUAACUGGGGCGGAAGCAACUAACUCAGGUAACCUUAUAACCAGUGAAUGCUUGCUGUAUGGAGUAUCCUGUCAUGUGUUGUUUGAUUCUGGGGCGACUCACUCCUUCAUCUCGAAGGCGUGUGUUGAAAAAUUGGGAAUAGUGGAGAGGGAUAUGCAGUUCGACCUGGUGGUUUCUACCCCGGCAGCUAGAGAGAUUAGGACGUCUACUGUAUGCAUUAGAUGUCCUAUUGUGGUUGAGGGGCGAGAUUGUGGGAAGAAGGAGUUGGUGUUUCCGGGUGAAGAAGAAGAGGAAUUUUCGAUAACGCUCGGUCAGUUAAAGGAGGAUAUAAUGGAAGGAGCAAGCUGUUUCCUGAUCAUGACACAUGAAGAUCAGGAGUUCGGAGGAUUGGGAAAAGAACGAACGUCCAGGGAAGGCAGUGUUGAACGAACGGUUGUGGAUGAGUUUCCAGACGUUUUUCCAGAAAAGAUUCAUGGACUGCCUCCCGUUCGUGAAAUUGAAUUCACCAUUGAUUUGGUGACAACGGCAGCCCCUAUAUCUGUUCAGCCAUAUCGUAUGCCUCCUGCAGAGUUGGCCCCGAGCGUGUCACCAUGGAGAGCGCCUGUGCUCUUGGUGAAAAAGAAGGAUGGCAGCUCUCGUUUGUGCAUAGAUUACAGACAAUUAAACAAGCUGACCAUCAAGAACAAAUACCCGUUGCCAAGGAUAGAUGACUUGUUGGAUCAACUGCAUGGAGCAACGGUAUUUUCUAAGAUUGAUUUGCGUUCGGGCUAUCACCAAAUAAGGGUUAAGGAGGACGACAUCCAGAAGACAGCGUUCAGAUCACGUUAUGGGCAUUAUGAAUACGUGGUAAUGCCAUUUGGAGUGACGAACGCUCCAGCCAUCUUUAUGGAUUACAUGAACCGGAUAUUUAGACCUUAUUUGGACAAGUUUGUGGUCGUUUUCAUAGAUGAUAUUCUCAUCUACUCUAAGACACAAGUCGAACAUGAAGAACACUUGAGGGCAGUGCUGAGCGUGUUGAGAGAAAAAGAGUUGUAUGCAAAGCUGUCCAAGUGUGAAUUUUGGAUGAAGGAGGUACAGUUUUUGGGCCAUGUGGUCUCGGCUAAAGGUAUUUCAGUGGAUCCAUCUAAGGUGAGAGCAGUGUUGGAUUGGAAAAGCCCGCGUUCGGUCACGGAAGUGAGGAGUUUUGUUGGACUUGCGGGCUACUAUAGACGCUUCAUAGAGGGGUUCGCCAAGAUAGUGGCUCCUCUUACCCAAUUGACUAGAAAGGAUCAGCCGUUCGCCUGGACUGAUCUAUGUGAGGAGCGUUUCCAGGAGCUGAAGGUGAAACUGACGAGCGCUCCAGUUUUGAUUAUUCCAGACACGUCCAAGCCCUUUGAAGUCUACUGUGACGCGUCCCAUCAAGGGUUGGGCUGUGUGCUUAUGCAAGAGAGACGAGCGAUAGCGUACGCGUCUCGUCAGUUGAAGAUUCAUGAACGCAACUAUCCAACGCACGACCUGGAAUUGGCAGCGAGGCGUUGGCUAGAAUUUUUGAAAGACUAUGAGUUUGAGUUACUGUAUCACCCUGGAAAGGCCAAUGUAGUGGCGGACGCUCUAAGCAGGAAGGCAGUGCAUGUUUCGGUUAUGAUGGUGAAAGAGUUAAGUUUGGUGGAGAGCUUCAGGGAUCUAAGGUUGCAAUUUGAGUUGGAACCAAACAGCAUCAAGUGCUGUAACCUUAGAAUAUCAAGCAAUGUAUUUGAUCGUAUCAGGAUGAAGCAACGUGAGGACGAGGACCUGGUGAAGAUUCUAAGUACGCUCGGUUCGGAUCAAACCAAAGAAUUCAAUACGGGGACUGACGGCCUAUUACGAUACAUGGAUAGGACGUGCGUUCCCAAUGAUGGCGAGCUGAAGCGGAUCAUAUUGGAGGAAGCACAUCAUAGUCGUCUUAGCAUACAUCCUGGUAUGACUAAGAUGUACCAAGAUCUUAGGUGUUCGUUCUGGUGGCCUGGAAUGAAGAGUGAUGUCGCUCGUUUUGUGGCAUCCUGCUUGACCUGUCAACGAGCAAAGGCUGAACACCAACGACCAGGCGGCUUACUUCAACAAUUGGAGAUUCCUGAAUGGAAGUGGGACAGCAUUUCCAUGGACUUUGUGACCCAUCUACCACGAACAGUUAGGAAUCAUGACUCAAUCUGGGUGAUCGUGGACAGAUUAACGAAGAGCGCCCACUUCCUGCCCGUUAACUUGAAGAUGUCAAUGACUAAUUUGGCCAAGUUGUAUAUUAGAGAGAUCGUUCGUCUGCAUGGGGUGCCUUCGAGCAUAAUUUCUGACCGAGACACGAGAUUCACAUCUCGGUUUUGGCAAUCGUUACAGGGCGAGCUGGGAAGCAAGUUGCAGAUGAGUUCAGCAUAUCAUCCUCAAACGGACGGCCAGUCCGAACGUACCAUCCAAACGCUGGAAGACUUACUGAGGACGUGCGUCCUAGAUCACUUGGGCGCUUGGGAUGAAGUCUUGCCACUGGUGGAGUUCACGUACAACAACAGCUUUCAAGCUAGCAUUGGGAUGGCGCCGUUUGAAGCUCUCUAUGGGAGGAAGUGCCGAACGACACUUUGCUGGUUCCAAGAUGGAGAGAACGUGUUAACUGGACCUGAGCUCAUCCAGCAAACAACCGAGAAGGUUAAGUUGAUCCAAGAUAGAUUGAGGACGUCCUUGAGCAGGCAAAAAUCAUAUGCGGAUAGGAGGAGAAGACCAUUGGAAUUUGCUGUAGGUGAUCAUGUAUUUUUGAGACUAAAUCCAAUCACUGGAGUGGGGAGAGUAGUUCGUCCAAAGAAGCUGUCUCCCAAGUUCAUAGGACCGUAUCAAAUUUUGAAGAAGAUUGGACCAGUAGCUUAUGAACUUGCAUUGCCUCCUCAACUAGCAAAUCUUCAUCCUGUUUUCCACGUAUCUCAACUCAGAAAGUACAUAGCUAAUCCUUCUCAUGUGUUGGAGUUGGAGGACAUUCAGUUGCGGCCAGACCGAACGUUAGAGUUGCAACCAAUCAGUAUUGAAGACGUUCGCACCACGCUACACAAAGGGAAGUACGUUCGUUUAGUGAAGGUAGUGUGGGACGCUAAGACUGGUGAUUCAACGUGGGAAGUUGAGGGUGCAAUUAAGGACUUGUAUCCACACUUAUUCACGGAUCAAGUGAAAGUAUAUAGUGAAACUGAGGGUAGAACGCAUAAGAGACCAACUCAACAGUUGCAUUAG